UUCCAUCCUCCAACCAGUUCGACUGUUCGUAUCGAGCUACCGCAGGUCUUCCGUUCAUUAUCACAACAACGAUGUGUCUUAGGAAACCAACCUACUAUUUUUGGCACGUAUCCUGCUGUUAAAACGGAGGCAUAUCAUUUAGCACUCUAGAUAUUAUUCAAGUUACUUGUUCCAGGCUUUCGUGAGCAGGAAAGAGUGCGAAAAGCGACGUUAGCUUCAGUCCCAUGUUGUCGCCGAAUCAGAACGAACAUGCCCGCUCUAAAGAUCCGGUGAAAUACGGCGAACUGGUCAUCCUCGGGUACAAUGGCUCCCUUCCUGGUGGAGAUAAGGGGAGGAAAAGGAGUCGCUUUGCUCUGUACAGAAGGGCAAAGGCUAACGGUGUCAAGCCAAGCACUGUGCACAUCCUCAGCAACCCACAAGACAGCAAGGCGGUUAAUAGCAGGGGGCAGCACAGUAUCUCCUUCACGCUGUCUAGGAAUCAGACUGUGGUGGUGGAAUACUGUCAUGAUGAUGACACAGAUAUGUUCCAGAUUGGCCGUUCCACCGAGAGCCCCAUAGACUUUGUGGUGACGGAUACACCAGGAGGAUCUAAAGAGAGCGAGGACUCUGUUGCACCGAGCACCAUCUCACGCUUUGCCUGCAGGGUGGUGUGUGAGCGCAACCCCCCCUACACUGCCCGUAUUUAUGCAGCUGGCUUUGACUCCUCCAAAAAUAUUUUCCUCGGGGAAAAAGCAACAAAGUGGAAGAACCCAGACGGUCAGAUGGAUGGCCUCACAACCAACGGAGUACUGGUGAUGCAUCCGCAAGGUUUUCCAGAAGAGUCCAAACAGGGCAUGUGGAGGGAAAUUUCUGUCUGUGGAAAUGUCUACACUCUGAGAGAGACCAGAUCCGGCCCCAUCCGUGGACAACUGGCUCAGGGUGAAAGCAGUGCACUGAAGGACGGCUCUCUGGUAGACCUGUGUGGUGCAACGCUGCUGUGGCGCACAGCCGAAGGCCUGCUUAAAGCUCCCACUUUGCGUCACCUGGACGCACUGCGUCUGGAGCUGAAUGCAGCGCGUCCACAGUGCCCAGUGGGCCUCAGCACGCUGGCGUUCCCCAGCCUCCCCCGUAGCCACAGCCUGGAGGAACGCCAGCCCUGGGCUUACCUUACCUGUGGCCAUGUGCACGGCCGACACGACUGGGGUCAGAAGCCUGAGCACAGCCGCGAGCGCGAGGGAGGUCCCAGCACAGGUGGCAGACGGGAGUGUCCGCUGUGCCGAUCGUUAGGGCCCUACGUGCCCUUAUGGCUGGGCUGUGAGCCUGCGUUCUACGUGGAUGCAGGUGCUCCCACCCACGCCUUUGUUCCCUGCGGCCACGUGUGCUCAGAGAGGACGGCAAAGUAUUGGGCUGAGACAUCGCUGCCACACGGGACCCAUGCCUUCCAGCCCAUAUGCCCAUUCUGCUCCACGCCUCUGACAGGCACACCAGGCUUCACCCGCCUCAUCUUUCAAGGGCCUGUCGAUUGACAAGGGGCUACAAAGCAUGAUAGGAGUGCUUUCUUGGGAGUGUGUUCAUACUGUAGAUACACUUGCUGAAAUCACAUGCAAAUCUACGUAGCUUCCUUAGUAUAUGCACACACUUAACUCAGUAUGUGUAUUUUGCAUUUGAAUGCAGCCCUGAGUUAGCCAGGGGAACAGCAUAAUUUGAAUCUUGCUAGUGAUAUCACCGUAUUUCUUUCAUGGAUUCAGUCAGGCACUGACCCAGUAGUGAGCCAGAUCAACAUGCCCUGGUGAGAGGCAGAGGCAGUUCAUGUGUGAUGAUAUUUGAAGUAAAAGGUUAAUUGACUGAAGAAAAAAAUAGCUUGAAACUAUUGAGAUCCAUACUUGCUAUGUUAAUAACUGAAAAAUCAUCAGCCCAGAUGAAAAAAGAGGCUCUUCUGGGUUUAACAAGAGCCUAUUUACCAACUUGUUCAUUUUUGAUUGUGAUGUACACAACUAGUGCCAGACUGAAUCUAUGGAACUGAAACAAAUUUACAGUACCAUGUACCUCUUCAAUUUAAGAUUGCAGUAUAAUACCCACCUAUUGCAUACUAAUUACUGGGCCUCUGGAUGCUUGUAAUAAGUUGUUUGGAAGUUUGAUUGCAUCUCUUUGAUGUUUUAGUUAUUAGGAUCUCAGGACAGGAAAUGGGCAUCUGCUGCAGAAAUCAGUGACUUCUCGAAAGUUUACAUCUAGCCCUUAAUCUAGGGAGUAACUGUCCAUGCUAUUGAUGGACUUCUACCUCCAUCUAUGGCCACUGCUUCCUCAGUGCGUUAUAUGUGCUCUCACUGCACUCAACACUAAAAAGAAAACACCCCCUAUACAACACCCAUCAUAAGCAAUAAGCAUUCCUAGAAUUAAGCUAAAGCUCAAAGGGGAGAUCCAACGACGCAAACGUGUACUACCUGAUUCUAUCUUCUGUGUAGUGAACUCGGAUUUUAGUCGUUGAAGGGCUUUACCAAGUCAUGAAAAAUGUAGCCCUGGUGAUAUUUUUUUUAAUUUUUUAGAUUGUUCUUUGUAUUGUUAUGAUUGUUUUAGCAUUUAAACGACAGUGGAAGUUGUAGCUGCAGUAUACACAUUAGUAGUUUUAAACAAAACAAAAAAGUUCAGAUGUAAUAUUUUUGUACAUGGUUGUGUUACUAAACUUUGGCCCGAGGUCAAUUUCUUUUAUAUAACAAGUGUUUCACGUAUAUAUGUAUAAAUAUAUUAUUUUCAUGUGCAAAUAUGAUUUAAAUCCUGGAGAGCCCACAGCAGAAAAGUAUGCCUCACUGUGUCACACUCCAAAAUGUCAUAGGAAACCCUUAAUAUAGUAAGCGGUAUGAUGAAUGUACUAUUCUAGGGCCUAGAUAAUAACUCUGCUGUUCUUGGUGCUAUCAUUAAAUUUAAAUGCUUCAUAUAUAUUUUUAUCUGAACAUCACUGCACUCCUUGAAAACAUUUAAUUGUUUUGGAACGUAAUGUUAAAAUGACCCACUAAAUCACUUCUACACAUGCAGGCUUUGCACUAUGCAUGUCUAUGAUAAGCUUUUCACAGGAGCUUUUAAAUUGCAAUUAUACAGUGUUAAGACAGACACGCUCUACUUUACCUCACAUGCAAGAGAAGAGACCUCAACUGAACAUAUUUUUAUAUUAAGCAGAAGAGAUAAUGUGAUUGAUUUUCACUUUUCUUGCUUGUCAUGACUAUUUCAUACAACUGAAUUAAAUUUUGUCCUUUUUUUCUUCCCCAGGGGCAUGGACAGUAUGUCCUGUUUGAUGCAUUGUGUCAAUAACCACUAAUACUCUUGAGUUGAUAUAUCUUGUUUAGACGACUAAAAAUGAUACCCAGCUGUACUGUACUCAUCUCUUUUCUGACAAUUUUAUGCAUUCCUUCGGGUUUUUUUUCACUCCUGGAGACCAAGAUCUAGUUCACGUCUUUGUUGUAGAAUUGUAGUGUCUUGCAUACAUAUAGAUACUUGUAUACAUAUAAACACACAGAGACAAUUCAGUGUCUUCCCGAUGGCUCUGAAAUGCCGUUCUGUCCCCACUCUCAACUUGCAAAGGGAUGUUGUUCCUUCUGCAAGCUGAUAAUGGGUGAACUCAGGUUUACACAAGUCAAAGUUUACACUCGUCCCAGUGUCUCUAUACAGUCAAUUGCCAGGGCACCAUUAGUAAGGGUGGAGAUAUGUGUGCCUGUGUUUGCUAACAAUUCAGUAUCCACUAUUUCUCAUAACAGGGUCUUACCUCAGAGAACACAAAAAUCUAGGGCAUAUUCAAGAUGCGUGAAAUAGUUUAUUAGUCUAGUUCACUGUCUGCAUUACAGCUCUGGGCUGUAUCUCCAGUCAUCUUGAAAAUUUUGCCUUGCUUGAAAUGCAACAUAUAUAGAUUGCUCUGGGAGGAUAUGCCCUUAAAUAUAUCAUUCCUAUCCAAAAUGGUAUUUUGUCAUUUGUCAUUUAUUAUUUGUACUGAGUGGCCAUAUUUUAAAAUGGCAUUAAUAUAACCCCAGCUACAUGGAAUGCCAGAUGUAUUACUGAUGCAAUCGAACACUGGACAAAAUAAUCCUGUAUGUGUCAUACUUUAAAGACUGCAAUCAGUGAUCAGUUUGAGUAUGGUCAGUAUUGUGUCCAAUCUGAAUGAUGUAAAAAAUAAAAGGCCGCACCUUGUGUUUGACCUCGGUAAAGCCUCGCUUACAGACUAGUGGUCAUAACCAAUGACCUUUCCACUGUCACGUACCACUGAGCAGGCCUUAAAUACAGCUACAAACCACACAGUGAACACAGAUACACAAUUACGCUUGAACCCAAGGUGCACUGACAAUCGUAAGUCAAAACCUUAAUAAAAUAUAUGUUUCCAAAAUGGUUUUCCUUUA